AUUUUUACACAAUCUACACAUAAAGUAUACACGUAUUCAUCAUCCUACAACGUUUGACGUAACCUCACCCAGUUCAUCUCGUUCUACCAAACUAUAUAUUUUGAAGCAAUUUUACAUUCUCGUCACACGGUACCGAUUAAGUAAUCGUACCUACCUUAAAGUAAUCCAACGUAUUACGCGAUUCGUUUAUAUAUCUAGUCGUUCCAACGGGCGAUGGUAUGCAUGCUGAAUACCCUGACCGCUACGCAAUGCGUAAAUUAAAGACAGGUCACCUUUACUUGGAAUCGAGUGGAAUUUAAUCUACGUUUGUGUCCGUGACUUUUAAGAAUCUAUUUCACUCCGACACACUGAUACAACUCGCUGUGUUUCGUCGGUGUGAUCGUUUAGGGGUAGAUUUUUUGAACCAUAUCCUCGCAGGACCUUUAAUCCGCAUCAUAACAAUGAUUUCCGCUGCAAAUAUUUGAUAGAAUUUUUUUCCCAUUCGAAAACGUUCGCCUUGGUUGAUCAUUUUUUUUUCACUUGGGGAAGUAAAGUUCGUUUAUUUUCCUAAGUAGAAAAUCAUAAGGAUAAAGAAUACGGGAAUCCGCGUCAACGUCUUAAAUUUUUCUUUCAUUUUCACAUCGGAAAAUAUUAUCGGCUAGCGCGUGCAAUUCAGGAAGCCGUCGAAAGAGAAAGUCCUGUUAUGUAAAGUUUAGUAAGUGAUGGUGAGGUAUAAUACGUAUUGAAGCAUGUGUAUAGGCAUAAGUAAUAGUGGCGGGGUAGCGCAAGGACUCCGACAUCCGCGAGUACUCGUCUUCCCGCAUGUAAACAACUACAGGAGGUUCCUAAUACACCAGUUUGUACAGAACGAAUUUCAACAACUAUUGUACACAUUUUCUAUCGGCCAGGGUCCCCAAAGAAGGACCGUUGUCUGCUACAAAUCUGACGUUAUAAGGGAUCCGAAGUUGAAUGGUGCCUUACCUAGAGCGUGCGGUGUUGAUACAAUAUCGGACAAGGCUUGUGCUAUGGGUGUCGAAGGACAUAGAUCACCUUUGGCCUCGCCAGAGAAUUCACGGCAAAGACAAGUGAAAUCAGUGCCAUCCAUUGGGAUUUAUCGACCACCUCCUGCAAGGAAAGCCAAAUGUGAAAACCAGAUUGAUUCUCAGCAAGAUCAACAGGCCUCUGAUUCUUCACAGUCAUCAAAAGCUAAUCGGCAAAAAAGACCGGAUCGCGCAGUUUAUGUUCCUAGACAUCGGCGAAGUAACGAAUUAGAAGGAAACACUUUGUCCCGGGAAACUUCCAAAGCUCCUCGAACGACCAGAGAGCGACGAAGUACAACUAGAUCUCCUACUCGUGCAAGCCCCAGAUCGUCUAUUGAUCAUACUAGAGUGACAUCAGAUUCCUGUCAUACAAUACACGGAACAGAAAAUGAAAACGAUGUAUCGAGUCGUUUGUCGUUCAAUGAUACUGAAAAGUCAGAGAUAAACUCGAACGGUCCAACUGGAAAUCUCUUACGGCAAGACUAUUCGGAAGGGAAUGUGCCCGUAGAUGACGAUAUGCUAAUUUCUAGUAACUCUGCUGAAAGUAACAACGACAAAUUUACCUGUGAAAAAUUAUCAGCCAGUUUAGAAGCUGAUGUCUUUAUGCACACCACCUUGGAGACAGGGAUACCUGACGAGGGAGUUGUUGAAAAGUUAGAAGAUACGUCACAAAGAAGAAAUUCAGCAUUGAUAGUUAAUGGUUUUGAUGAUGAAUCUAGUGAUAAUUUCGUGACCGUACAACCUGAAAUAGUACAAAGAGAUGAAGAACCUCAAACGAUACAGUCUCGACUUAGUAACGACAAACUGACAACACAUAGCCACACUGCUGAAACUGAAAAACCUGAAAUAAACCAGGAUCAACAACUAACAAAGAGCGUUGAAAAAGAAGGCGUCGAAAUUGAGACUGACAAAGAUAUUAGCAGCUCUAUCGAAUACACGGAAAUAUUAACUUCGCAAGGUGAAACAAACGGGGAUAGUCUGGUUCUAAUCAUGUCUCAAGAUUCUAAUCGAAAAAGCGAAACGGAAGCCAAAGAAGAACAUCUAAAUCGAGACGAAAUCGUCAAUCACAAAAAUAGACGAAUAAUUAGACAGAAUUUAGUGUCAGACGUACUACUAAUUUCUGAUGAGGAACCAACACAGGAAACUAUUGUCGCCAAACCACCAGUAACUUCGGUUUCCCCGACUUUACGUCCAAAGGAAAAAAAAAUCAAGAAAGUUGAAAGACCAAAAAGUAAACCAGCUCCACCACCUGUACCUGCAAUCAAAGUUAAUCGGGAUGAAUGUGACUGGGACAGUCUUUUUGACGAUAAUGGAGACUGCUUAGACCCGACAUUAAUUGAAGAGUUAACUUCAGCUGUGGGAGAGGUGACGAUAGAACAACCCAAGAGUGAUUACAGAGCAUAUUCUAAGACACCGGUAGAACUAUCGAAUGACGAGUUUGCUCAUGUGGUAGAGAUUUACAAUUUUCCAUCAGAUUUCAAAACUAGUGAUCUUGCAGCUGUGUUCAGCCCUUUCAAAAAUGGAGGAUUCGAGUUGAAGUGGGUUGACGAUACACACUGUCUUGGUGUCUUCAGCAGUCCACUAAUCGCUGCCGAAGUAUUAGCAUCUGAUCAUUCGUUUGUAAAGACUAGACCUCUUAGCGAAGCAACUGCUCUCAGCAAAACGAAAGCUAGGAGAAGUGCUGAGUUUUUGCAGCCUUACAGGGCCAGACCAGAAACUUGUGCCGCUUUAGCUAGACGCUUAGUGACUGGAGCACUUGGUGUACGACUAGCAACUGCUAGACAAGAAAGGGAACGAGAAAAGAUUGUUCUACGUGAAGCUAAAGAGAGACGGAGGCUAGCUAAUAAACAACGAGCAGAUGCUUGGGAUGGUAUAAUAGCAGAUAAGUAGCAUUUAAUUUUAUGAAAUGGAAAGAUGAUAUUAUUGCAUAAUUCAUAAUGUUGCCUAUGAAUACUAGUGCCUUGCUCAUCUAUUUUCAGUAUCAACGAAAAUAUUAUUUGUCGAACUGAUAUGGCCAUGGGUUUUGGGUAUUUUGGUAUAUAAUAAAAGCCGAUAGAUGAGUGUGGCAUGAAAACGCUAUUGUGAAUCUUUCAUGUCCUUAUCUUGUGAUAAACUCUAAGUUUUAAGUUCAUUUACUGAAUCAUUGAUUUAAUUUUCUAUACAUAUAAUCAUUACAAGCAUAUCAUUUCUUGAGUUGUGAAAAUAAUAUAAUGCGUUGCCAAAACACUGAGUACAAAAUUGGAUCACAAGGGAUUAUUCAGUGAAACAUUGAAGAAGAAUUUAUCGAUGACAAAAGUUUACUUUUCCUUUAUUCGUAUAUUUCAUACCUCAAUGGCUGCCUCUACAUUCAUGAAUAGAAAACGACAUAAUGAAAAACUCUAUGAAAUCAUGACUAAAUGUUUGACAAUAAAACAAUCUUUCUUCAUGAACAAUACGAAGAAUUUAUACACACGUAUGUCUGUGCUAAAAUGAUAUAAAUUUUUCAGUUCGUGACUAAAGUAAAAGUGAGAAUUAAUAUAAGUCGGCAGAAGAAUCUUUCAAUGCAAUGAACUCGAUUCAAACAAAUACCUAGAUUUCAUUAGGUCGUUCACGAUCCAAGAGUCUCGUAUUAGUUACGUAGUACAAUUAAAGUGUCUUGUUGACGCGAAUUUGUAUAUACAGUGUUUUUGACAAAGCAAGAAAAAAAUUAAAUAAUAAAAUAAUGAAUAAAAACAGACCGUAAUAAAUAAAUAAUAAAUGUUGCACCAAACGUAACGCGACGUGGCAUUAUUGUUGCUUCUGUGUGCAAAUUACAUAUAGAUAGUAUGUAACGAGAUAUAAAAACUACGAUGUUGUGCCACAAAAUCUAUAAUAUAUUGUAUUACUGUUAACGAGACUUGACGCACAAUCAAUAAUACCUAUUACCAAUGUAUAAAUGCAAAAUAUUUUACUGUGAAAUUUGAAAUAUCAGAUUGUAUUUUUAUAUACAAUUGUUACCGAUCUGAAAUGAAAUAUGUAUCAUGAAGUCCUAGUCAUUACUCAAAAGGAAGAAGAAAAUAAUUGAAGAAAAAAAUGAAAAAAUAAACGUGUUACCUAUAUUCUAUGUUAUGCUGCAAUAUGUAAGUAAAUUUGUCCAAUGACCAAUAAAAAUAUUUUAUGUACCGCAAA